UGGAAAUAGGAAGAGAACACGGCUACCCUAAACUCUUUGUUGGAGGAGAGAUGGAAAGCUAAGCUUCCUCAGGAAAACAGGCGCUCCCAAUGGCGAGCAGAAAGCUGGUUCGAGAUUUCCUUCUCGCCAAGCAGCCUCUGUUUAGUCAGUUACUCACUUCUCAGCAGGCUUCAACAGCAAGAUUUCGAUUGAUUUCGAAUCAUCGUCAAUUUAGUGUGUUUAAUGAAUUCUCCAAGCAAGUGAAGGGGGAAGCUGAGAGUAACCCAGAAUUCCAACAGUCAGUUAAGGAGCUAAAGGAGAAAGCAGGGGAGUUGAAAGAGGUGAAGGAGGACCUUAAAGUUAGAACGAAGCAGACAACUGAGCAGCUGUACAAGCGUGUGGAUGGUGUGUGGACAGAGGCUGAAGCUACAGCAAAGAAGGUUUCUGCCAAUGUGAAGGAGAAGAUUUCAGCUGCCACUGAGGAGGUCAAAGAGACUCUUGGGGUUGGGAAGCAAGAAUCUUCAGGAUCCACUGCUUCAGGUAAAUUUGAAGCUGAUGGAAAUGAUUCAAGGAAGGAAACAUCUAGAGAAGAAAAGCAGCAGCAAUCUAGAGAAGAAAAGCAGCAGCAAUCUCAAGAAGAAAAGCAGCAGCAAUCUCAAGAAGAAAAGCAACAGCAAUCUGCGCCCAGUGAUUCCGCAGAAACAUUAUUUGGAAAAUUUAAGUCAGCCGUAGCUUCUGUUUCUCCAAAGGUCUCUAUGACCUUCCAGAAAAUAAAAGAAGCAAAAGCCGUUGAUUUAGCAAAGAAGGGUAUGGACAUUGUAAAGGAUGAGUUGAGUGGUAACCCAAGUAAGAGGAAGCGGAUGAAGCAUGCAGCUUCAUCCUCAUCAACAGGUGAAAGGAGUACAAGAACUGAUGUUGUUAUUGUGCCCUCAAAACAAUCUCGAUGGAGUAAGAAGUGGGAAGCGUUCAAGGAAAAGAUGCAAGGUCAUCCUUUGUACAAGCAUAUCAGUGGGUUAAGUGAGCCAGUUGUGACAAAGAGUCAGGAGCUUGCAGAGGACAUGCGGGAAAGGUGGGAGACAAGUGAUAAUCCUGUUGUUCACAAAAUUCAGGAUAUUAAUGAAAGCGUUUUUGGAGAAACACAUGCUGCACUAUCAUUCAAGGAAAUACGGCGUCGAGAUCCAUCAUUCUCAUUACCAGAGUUUGUAGCUGAAGUUCAAGAAGUGGUGAAACCAGUUCUUAAUGCUUAUAUUAAGGGAGAUAUUGAAACUUUGAAUAAGUAUUGCUGUCCUGAAGUGAUUGAACGGUGUAAAUUAGAACACCGGGCUUCUAAAAGCCAAGGUGUCUUCUUCGACAACAAGAUCCUACAUGUAUCUGAGGUGGAAGUAAGAGAAACCAAAAUGAUGGGAUCCACUCCAAUCAUCAUUUUAGCGUUCCAAACGCAGCAGGUCUACUGUAUACGUGAUAAAAAUGGUUCAGUAAGAGAGGGGGGAAAAGAUACCAUCCACACUGUAUACUAUGCAUGGGCUAUGCAACAAAUGGAUGAAGAUGGGGGAGCUGCCAUCCCAGUCUGGAGGCUAAGAGAGAUGCAACAACUUGGCAUCCAAGCCCUCAUUUAAUUUUUGUGUUUUCUCAGCUUAUGGACGUUAGUCAUCUCUGGAUUUUGUUUUUUUUCACUGCCAGGGAAUUUUUUGAGUAGGUAUUAUUAAUUUAUUUUUGUCAAGUAAAAUAUUGACAUUGUACAAGUUAAUUAAAUUUAAAUGUUCUGCACCUAUACGUAGGGUGGAAUUGUAACAGAGCUGGAAGAACUUCCCUCCAUCAGAAAAAUAGUAAAUGAUAGAAGAGCCAUUGUUCCUUUAA